UUUUAUAUUCCAGACGAGGGAAAAUCUCUGCGAGGGGGGAAAGCGAGCAGAGCCCAAACAUAAGAAUACUUGAUUCGGAGGAAAUAAAUUCAAAAACUUUUGAAUUCCUCCGUACGGAAUCUGAGGCUAUUGCUCCAGAGUCUGGUGGGUUUUGCUUGGAAUCUGGAUACAAUUUAGGGUUUUUGUUUUGGAUGCAAUGGCGGAGCAGACGAGUAACAACAACAGGUGGAACUGGGAGGUGAGUGGGUUCGAACCCAGGAAGUCAUCUUCUUCGACCGCAUCGUCGUUUGAGGAGGGCGAUCACCGGCCGAUUGCUCCUCUGAUGCGUCGGUACUCGAUCUCGACGGCGUCGUAUCUGCCGCACUCGUCGGAGCUCUCGAAGCAAACGCUUGCCUCUAAGGUUCAGAGACUGAAGGAUAAAGUCAAGCAUGCAAAGGAGGAUUAUUUGGAGCUGAGACAAGAAGCUACUGAUCUUCAAGAGUAUUCUAAUGCAAAGCUUGAAAGGGUUACACGCUAUUUAGGUGUUCUUGCUGAGAAAAGUCGCAAACUAGAUCAAUUCGUCAUUGAGACUGAGGCUAGGAUAUCUCCACUUAUCAAUGAGAAGAAAAGACUGUUCAAUGAAUUAUUGACAGCCAAAGGUAACAUUAAGUUAUUUUGCCGCGCAAGACCGUUAUUUGAAGAUGAAGGCCCUUCCAUUGUUGAAUUUCCUGAUGGUUGCACCAUUCGCGUAAAUACUGGUGAUGAUAAUCUAUCAAAUCCAAAGAAGGAUUUUGAAUUUGACAGAGUUUAUGGGCCUCAUGUUGGGCAAGCUGCAUUGUUCAGUGAUGUUCAACCUUUUGUGCAAUCUGCACUGGAUGGAUCUAAUGUCUCUGUAUUUGCGUACGGACAAACUCAUGCGGGAAAGACAUAUACAAUGGAAGGAACUGCUCACGACCGUGGUUUAUAUGCUCGUUGCUUUGAAGAACUUUUUGAUUUGGCCAAUUCUGAUUCAACUUCCACGUCUCGAUUUAAUUUCUCCGUUUCAGUGUUUGAGCUCUAUAAUGAACAGAUAAGGGAUUUGCUCUCUGAAUCUCGGAGCAACUUGCCAAAGAUUCAUAUGGGAUUCCCAGAAGCAGUUGUAGAACUUGUGCAGGACAAAGUUGAUAAUCCAUUGGAGUUCUCAGGAGUCUUGAAAUCUGCCUUGCAAAACCGGGGAAAUGAUAAAUCAAAAUUCAACGUUACGCAUCUGAUUGUCUCAAUUCAUGUUUAUUAUAGCAACACGAUUACGGGAGAAAAUGUAUAUAGCAAGCUCUCUUUAAUCGACUUGGCAGGAAGUGAAGGCUUAACCAUGGAAGAUGACAGUGGAGAACAUGUGACUGAUCUCCUGCAUGUCAUGAAAUCGAUUUCAGUGCUGGGAGAUGUUUUAUCUGCUUUGACUUCAAAAAAGGAUGCUAUUCCGUACGAAAAUUCAAUUCUUACAAGAAUACUUGCAGAUUCACUUGGGGGGAGUUCCAAAAGUUUGAUGAUAGUUAACAUUUGUCCAAGUGCACGAAACUUGUCUGAGACAAUAUCAUGUCUUAAUUAUGCUGCCAGAGCUCGGAAUGCUGUACCUAGCCUCGGGAAUCGUGAUACUAUAAAGAAAUGGAGAGAUGUGGCAAAUGAUGCCCGGAAGGAGUUGUUCGAUAAAGAGAGAGAAAUUCAGGAUGUGAAACAAGAGGUUGUGGGUAUGAAACAAGCGCUUAAAGAAGCUAAUGAUCAAUGCGUAUUGCUCUACAAUGAAGUACAGAGGGCGUGGAAAGUUUCAUUUACGUUGCAAUCAGAUCUGAAGUCGGAGAAUACUAUGCUUACCGACAAACAUAUGAUAGAGAAGGAGCAGAAUGCUCAACUAAGAAGUCAGAUAGCUCAACUUUUACAGUCCGAACAAGAACAGAAGCUGCAGAUACAACAUCGAGAUUCCACCAUUCAAAAUCUCCGGGAUAAAAUUAAAGGUUUAGAAUCACAACUAAGUGAAGCCUCUCGCUCCGAUUCAACGAGAUCGGGAAAUGCCUUGGGACCUCAAUCUGGAGUUCCUUCAGUCGUAAAAUCAGUUGGGGACACAAUCGAUUCUUCUUCAGUUACAAAGAAACUUGAGGAAGAGCUGAAAAAACGUGAUACGCUGAUUGAGAAAUUGCAUGAAGAAAAUGAAAAAUUGUUCGACAGAUUAACGGAAAGGUCCAUGUCUGUUUCUACCCAGAUAUCUAGUCCCUUAUCAAAAGCCUCCUCAAAGGUUCAGCCUGCAGAUUCUCAAAGGAGAAAUAGUACGACUGAAAAAUUUUCAGGAGAUGCUGUUGACUUGGCAUCUUCAGCAGAUAGAAAUGAUGGCACAGUUGCUUUAGUUAAAGCUGGCUCUGAUAAAAUAAAAUCCACCCCUGCUGGAGAAUACUUGACAGCUGCAUUGAAUGACUUUGAUCCUGAGCAAUAUGAAGGCCUUGCCGCCAUUGCUGAUGGUGCAAACAAGCUUUUAAUGCUGGUGUUGGCUGCUGUCAUCAAGGCAGGUGCUUCGAGAGAACAUGAAAUCCUUGCUGAGAUCAGAGAUGCUGUCUUUUCAUUUAUCAGAAAGAUGGAAGCAAGGAGAGUAAUGGAUACCAUGCUUGUUUCUCGGGUCAGAAUAUUGUAUAUAAGGUCCUUACUUUCCCGAUCACCUGAGCUUCAGUCCGUUAAGGUUUCUCCUAUCGAAUUCUUUCUGGAGAAACCUGCUGCCCGAAGUAGAAGCUCUAGCAGGGGUAGCAGCCCCGGUAGAUCACCAGUUCGAUAUGUUAGUGAACCGAUUCAAGGGUUUAUAGUAAAUAUAAAGCCAGAAAAGAAAAACAAGUUGGUGUCUGUUGUCUCGAGAAUCCGUGGACUUGAGCAGGAUUCAGGGAGGCAGCAAGUGACUGGAGGAAAGCUGAGGGAGAUACAAGAUGAAGCCAAAAGUUAUGCAAUUGGGAACAAGGCCCUGGCUGCAUUGUUUGUUCACACUCCAGCCGGUGAACUGCAGAGGCAGAUUAGGUCGUGGCUUGCAGACAACUUUGAGUUUCUUUCUGUUACAGCUGAUGAUAUCUCGGGAGGGACCACUGGUCAACUAGAGCUUCUUUCCACGGCGAUUAUGGAUGGUUGGAUGGCCGGGUUAGGGGCCGCGUUGCCACCUCACACGGAUGCUCUGGGAAAGCUUCUAUCCGAAUACGCAAAACGGGUUUAUACUUCUCAGAUGCAGCACCUCAAGGAUAUUGCUGGAACCUUGGCAACAGAAGAGGCGGAAGAUUCUGCUCAAGUAGCAAAGCUUCGAUCAGCUCUUGAGUCUGUUGACCACAAAAGAAGAAAGAUUUUGCAACAGAUGAGAAGUGAUGCGGCUUUGCUUGCCUUGGAAGAAGGCAGUUCUCCUGUCCAAAACCCUUCUACCGCUGCUGAAGACACGAGAUUAGCUUCUCUCAUUUCUCUCGACGCCAUUCUGAAGCAAGUCAAGGAAAUUGUAAGGCAAACCUCCGUACAUGUCUUGAGUAAAAGCAAGAAGAAAGCAUUGCUUGCUUCUAUUGAUGAACUCGAAGAACGGAUGCCUUCCCUUCUCGAUAUCGAUCACCCUUGUGCUCAAAGGGAAAUCGCUACUGCACGGCAAUUGGUUGAGGUAUUGAUGAAUCCAUUUUCACUUCCCGAUCCAAUGGUUUCCUCAGACGAUCUUCUGGAACCAUCAUCACAUGCCCGGAAGCUCUCCAUAGAUUCCAUGUCAUCAUCAACCGAAACCGAUGUGUCUCAGUGGAACGUUCUGCAAUUCAACACUGGAUCCACAGCCCCAUUCAUCAUAAAAUGCGGAGCCAAUUCCAAUUCGGAACUCGUGAUCAAAGCCGAUGCUCGAGUUGGAGAAGGAGCAAAGGGAGACGAGAUCGUGAGAAUGGUGCCGAGACCGUGGGUAUUGGAGAACAUGAGCUUAGAGGAAAUGAAACAAGUGUUCGGUCAAUUACCAGAAGCUCUGAGCUUGCUGGCUAUGGCGAGGACAGCCGAGGGGACAAGAGCUCGCUACUCGCGGCUCUAUAGAACUCUCGCCAUGAAGGUUCCCUCUCUCAGGGACCUCGUCGUCGAGCUUGAGAAGGGAGGUGCCCUUAAAGACGUUAAGUCAUGAAACUUCACACACACACAAAAAAAAAACUUUUUUUUUUUUGUAGGUUGAGGCUUGUUUUGUUUGUGUAUUACAUGCCAAUGUGUUUUGUGGCUUUUGUACUCUGUAUUUUGUUUAUUAUUUCUGGGGAUAUAAUUCAGCACCCGAAUCUCUAUUUCUUAAAUUGAUGUUUUUUUUUUGUC